GUGGCAUUGUCUUCAUAAUUACAGUUUCCUGUGCAUCACAUAUACAUAUAAUGGAGUCUAUCACAUUGAAGCGCAUUAGCAGCGCCUCUUGCUCUGCACGGGUUGUGGCUGGCGCGCGCAGCCGUCGCCUGGCAGCUGCGGCUGUCCAACAGAAUGUGAAGGAGGUCACUACCUCAACGAGUGCUGGCGCACUGGAGGAUAUUUACAUUGGCUUUGAGAAGGAGGACGGCUACGGCUCUCGUGAGGGACGCACGGGCCGCAUCAUCCGGGAUGACCCCCGCAAGUAUCCCAGCCGUGAUGAGUGGGGCACGGGUGGCUGGGCUGGCGGAGAAGCCGGCCUGUGGAAGCUGAGGGAGCAAGUGCAGAAGGAGAAGCCGGCAAAGCAGCCGACUAAGACUCCUCCCAAGGCCACCGGAAUGCCGGUUACGGCGAAUCCGCCCCCUGGAAAGGCGGCCAUUUACGUCGGCUUCAACAAGGACGAGCUGGACCUCAGGAAGACUGGCGCCAAGGGCCGUGUCGUUAUUGACGGUAAGUUUCUGCUGGCUGUAUUCCUGUUAAAGCUGGAACUGCUGCUCUACUGGAACCCCAUCAUUACCGGAAUGCCCCUCGUGGCCAUAAUCGCAGACCCCCGCAAGUACCCCGGCAAGGAUGACAUCGGUCCCUUGGCCGGCGUCGCCGGCGGCUUUGCUGGUGGCGAGGCUGGCCUGAAGCAGUUCGUGGCGACUGGUGAUGUUAAGCUUCGCAAGCCAGGCGAGCCUGGCCCGAAGCAAUUCUCCCCCUUAACCCUCGCCGGUGUGGUUGCUCUGGCUGGCGCUGUGGGGGGCAUCGUCCUUGACCUGGUGACCAACGCGGGUGAGAACGCUGUGACCAGAGGACUACUGCAGGCGCCAAUUGAUAAAAACACGAAGCUGCUCAUCGGAGCUGCUUUGGGGCUGGUGGGAGUCUCUGGGCUAAUUAUAGCAGCAACAGCGACAGUUCGCUCCUUACAAGAGAAAAUCCAGGAGACAGCAAAGGACGCCAUAGUUUCAGCGGCAUUUAUAUUUGUGGUGUUCCUUGUGGCAAAGGGUAUCUUGGAAGACUUCUGAUGCUUCUGGGAAAUAUGUAUCGGGUAAUUAUUGCAUAGAGGCGCUGAUUGCCUGCAUACCUCGUCCGUGAGAAUUUAGCAGGCCUUUGCACCCAUCCCUGGACGUUCCUACGUGCAAUUUUGGGAUUUUGGAUACAUUGACGCUGCGACGCGGGUUGAUAUACGAGGGUUGUCAGUGAGCGGGCGUUAUGCGCGGGGUGUACCCGCGGAAUGCUGAGUAUCGAGAGCUCUUGUGCCGGGUGGGUACUUCCUCGCCCCACAUGGCAUGCUGUGAGUGGGUCCAUGCGCUGUUAGACAGCCUUAUUACUUAUUGGUUUAAAGGACGUGCAUAUUGCUGUACUCUUUUUGGAAGAGAUUGAAAGAGCUGUGGAAGAGUGCGAUUCCUUGAGAGAGCAUAAUGUUGUUGAGAUUUCGUCUGAUUGUUUGUGACGAAGGAGUGGCGCACUGAUCUAGCGGUAGGGGGCUUCGCCCUGCGUGGUGGGGCUCCACUGCGAUGCAUGUCCUCGUUAACAGACGAUGCUGAUGACGACUGUUCGAAGUGUUGUGUGGUCAUGGAAAAAACCUCGAUAAGGCGACAAGGAAGAGAUUUGAUCCACCUGCGUUGAUAGGGACUGACAUCAAAGCGGCAGCAAGCCAUGGAAAUUCAACUGAGCUUGUCAACCCGAGCGUGGUCAC